AUGUCGACAGACACGUUUGAGCCCGGCGACGACGGCGACUCGCCGCUCCCGGUAUGGGGGCCAGGCAAAACCGCCAUUGGGAGAGCGCGGCUGCCAUCCAGUCGCCGAAGGGACAGAGUCCAGCUAUCCUGCGAUCUCUGCCGCAGGAGAAAGCUGCGCUGUGACCGGCAGCAACCGUGUGCAACUUGCACGCAGAGAGGACUCGGCUUGUCCUGCGCGUACAGGCCCAGCCCCCAAGCGCUGGGAGACGGCACCGUGCAGCCUGUUCGCCCCGUGGCUACUGUGCAGGACCGCAUCAAGCAGCUCGAGGACCUGGUGGUCGACCUUAUGCAAAAGAUGUCAGCGGCGAAUGUGCCACCGCUAGCUUCGUCGUCUAACCCGUCUCCCAGCGCCAACACGCCACUGGCCACGCCGGCGGCAGACGGUGCCCACCAAGUCAACUCGCCAGACUUGGAUCACGGCAGCAUGCGGCUGACAAAAUCCGGGGCAAGCUAUGUCCACGGAACGCAUUGGGCGGCCGUGUUGGAUGGCAUCGCGGAGCUCAAAGAUCACUUUGACAGGGACGACGAGGCGCGUCCGCGUCCGCAUCCCCUCGGCACUGCGCAGCCACCGCAGGUAAACCUCAGCGGGCCGCAACUUAUACACGGCUUUACAAAGGUCGCUACCAGAGACGAGAUAUUGGCGUCGAUACCGCCUCGCCAUAUUGUGGACAGGCUGGUCUCGCGGUAUUUCAAUUCGUUUGAAAUGUCGCCAGCUGUAUUGCAUAGUGUUCAAUUCUUGCGGGAAUACCGCGAAUUCUGGACAGAUACCUCGGAAACACCAAUCAUUUGGAUAGGUCUCUUGUUCAGCAUCAUGUGCCUCGCAACCUUGUUUGAGCAGUUUCAGCAAGGUCCACAGGAUCAGGUUCCUGGAACGCCUUCCAAAAACGAACUCCAAGACAUGGUGAGCAAUUUCAGGCUCCGCAUCGUGCAAUGUCUUAUCCUCGGAGACUACACCAAAGGGGGCGUGUAUGUGUUAGAGACCCUCUUGCUAUACAUGGCCGUCGAACUAUUUCUUCGAAGAGACGCCGAGAUUGGCAUCUGGAUCCUUCUCGGCAUCAUUGUCCAGCUGUCCAUGCACAUGGGCUACCACCGGGACCCGAAGAACUUUCGCGGCAUCUCUCCCUUUGACGGCGAGAUGCGCAAGCGAGUCUGGGCCACACUGUUGGAGGUGCAACUGGGCAUCUCGAUGCAAAUGGGCCUUCCGCGGCUGAUUGCGCAGUGGCAGACCAACACCACGGAGCCCUCCAACUUGCAGGACACCGACUUCAACAAGGACACAGUCAGCAUGCCUGCGUCGCGGCCAGAAACAGAUCUUACGCCCAUGGUCUUUCGCAUCGUCAAAGCUAGGAUGAUGACAGCCAUUGGCUACAUUUGGGACUUUGCCGCCGACACGAGAGCAUGCAGUCGUGAGGAAACGGAACGCAUGGAAAAGAACCUCCAAGACGCGCGCGCCUCGAUUCCCGAGUGUCUCCAGUGGCGGUCCAUGGCAGACUGCAUCAUGGACUCGCCGCACGUCAUCAUGCAAAAGAUUUGCCUCGAAAUCAUGUUUUACCGCGCCAAGCUCGUCCUCCACCGCAAAUACCUGCACCUCUCGCAGUCCAACGCCGACUACCACCAAUCCCAGAUGGCAUGCCUCAACGCAGCGCUAAAGCUGCUCGCGUACCAGCAAAUGCUCGAGGAAGAGACGCAGCCGUUCUGCCAAUUGCACCACGAGCGGUGGAAGGUGUCUUCGCUUGUCAAUCACGAUUUUCUGCUAGCGACCAGCGUUCUCUGUCUCUAUCUGAAGCAGUCGGCGGGCGAUACCAAUGCGCAAGCAGAGUCCCCGACUGCGCACGACAUUCGCACGGCUCUGAACCAGGCAUAUGGCAUUUGGCUGCAGUCAAGCGAUACCUCGCGAGAGGCGUGGAAGGCAGCGAAAGCUCUGAGCAUUGUCUUGUCGCAGCCAGGACCUGGCAAUGUGCGCCACGAUGAGCAGCCGCUCUCCUCUUUAGAUGUACGGGGCGAUUAUUUUGAACAAUUUGGUCUUCAGUUCCCUCCGCUAGACGGCUCUGUUCUGAUGGACUGGCCCUUUGCGAACAACGACGCUAUAUACACUGCUGGCAUCCAGGCUACGCCGCAAAAUCUCGGCUGGUCAAUGACGGGUAUUGGUGGGGAUGCUAUGUACUUGGAGCAGUAG